AUGUUACUGGGUCAAGUCUCAUGGCUCGAUAUACUCGUUUUCGUGGUAUUCCUUACAUGGCGAUUAUUGCGCGAUGUGGGGAUCUACGGAACUGUCAUUUGCGCGAUUCAAGCACUCCCAUUUCUAUGUUGGAGAAUGCCAACUGAUAUAAUAAAGGAGCGCUAUCUCACAAAACAUAAUCGACAAUCUGCAUUUACACGACGGAGCACACUCUUCCAAGCACUUGUCGUAGCUUGCAUGAGGUAUGGCUUUACAUACGUGCCCACUAGAAUCGGUCGUGUAUUCUUCACGAAAGGAGUUGCUCUGCCAUUCCUGAGAUUUAGAAUGUUCAGGCAUGGCUACAUUUGGCACCUCAGACACAGGCCAUUAUGGAGGGAAAUCAACUUGAAUAAAGGUGCCAUGAAGGGUAUUUGGAUAGUGGAGGAUGAUAUCAAGAAGCCGGAUGUGGUGGUUUAUUACUGCCACGGUGGAGGCUUCGCUAUGGGAACGUGCUACUUCUACCUCGAAUUCCUCAUUUCGUGGGUUUCGAUUUUGAAGGAAUCUGGCUUCUCUAACCCUGCGAUAUUCGCCGUGGAAUACACGCUUGUUCCGGACAAAAGGUACCCGGUUCAGCUUCAGGAGAUAAUUUCUGGAUAUAACCAUGUCCUCUCUAUCACAGGCGACCCCGGGAAAGUUGUCGUUAGUGGGGAUAGUGCGGGAGGUGCCCUCAUACUCAGCCUAUUACUUCACGUGGGGAACAGGUGUCCUCAGAAGAAGCCUUCUUUCGCUGCGCUUAUUUCCCCAUGGACGCACAUAGUGUCAAAGCUGAACCGAGACGCACCCUCAGACUUUCUCUCGGUAUCCCGGUUGCAUGAGUAUGGGCGAUUAUACGCUGGUUCUGAGAAACUAUGGAAUCCGAUGGUUUCGCCUGGCUUUUGCAUGGAUAUUUCGUGGUGGAGAAAGGCAAUGCCGGUACGGGGGGUUCACUUUUACUUCGGUUCAGAGGAGAUAUUUUAUGAGAGCAUAAAAGCUUUAGCCAAGAGGCUUAGUGGGGUCGGGAGCGUUGUCUGCCGCGAGGAUGAGAAUUUACAUGCAUGGCCUUUUGCUGUUUUGUUCCUUGGAGCUCAUGAAAAGGAACGGGGCAGAGGCUUGCGGAGGAUUUCAAGUGACAUUGCGGGGACUUUAUUGCACACGUGA